CCCUCGCUUUCAUCACCACCUUUUCCUCUCAAUUUUAUUCCGCUCUCUACAAAUUCUAGACGAAUACAUUUCACAGUUAUAUUUCCAUAAACAAAAUUGCAUACAAAAACACAGCGAAAAGUCGCAACGAUCAAAAUACGAUACUGACCAUCCAGAUUUCGGUCCUGAGAAUCUCUGGUUAUACGCUGACCAGGUUAUUCGGAAUGCCGGCGGCAGCGGGCGUAGCAGCAGCAGUGCAGCGCGAUCGGGCGGCCAUGAAACCCAUGGUGGUUCAGCAGCCUCAGUUGCCGAUGAUGACGGCGGCGUCCGAGGCGUUCGCCAAGGACGCCAUUAUUGCCUGGUUCCGCGGGGAAUUUGCUGCGGCGAACGCGGUUAUUGAUGCGCUCUGCAGCCACCUGACGCAGCUGGAGGACGGCUCUGCCUCCGCUGCGGCAUACGAAUCGGCUUUCGCCGCGAUUCACCGCCGGAGGUUGAAUUGGAUUCCGAUUCUUCAGAUGCAGAAGUACUUUUCCAUCGCCGACGUUACGGCGGAGCUGAAGAAGGUGGUGGAGAAGAAGAGAUCGGAGAAUGACCUGGAGGCGAAGAAGCCUCAGGAAGUGGUGAACGGUGACUGUGCAGAGGCGAUCGACGAGAAAGAGAAACAGAUAGACAGUAAUCAGGAAAAUUCAUUGGCGAGUAAUGAAAAUGGCGGAGGGGAAGUAGUUGAUGAAGAUUUCUCUUCAGAAAUUACAGAUACAGGGUCCCAAGAAGUGCAACCCUUCUCAGAGUCUGUUGAUAUCUGUUCUAACCAUGAACAGUGUGAGGCACGUCGUGCUGAGAUAAAGAUGACAAAAGGUUUUGUAGCAAAGGAACCAGUGAAAGGGCACAUGGUGAAUGUUGUUAGAGGUCUUAAGUUAUAUGAAGACAUAUUCACUGAUACCGAACUAUCUAAAUUGAAUGACUUUGUUAAUGAACUCCGAGUUGCUGGUCAGAAUGGUGAACUCUCAGGAGAAACCUUCAUCUUAUAUAAUCAGCAGACGAAAGGGAACAAGAGAGAGUUAAUUCAGCUUGGUGUUCCCAUUUUCGGGCACGUUAAAGAUACAUUUCAAAGAAACUAUAUUGAGCCGAUACCAGCUCUUCUUGAAGGUGUAAUUGAUCACUUGAUUCAGUGGCGUUUGCUCCCAAAUAAUAGGAAACCAAACAGUUGCAUCAUCAACUUCUUUGAUGAGGGGGAAUUUUCUCAGCCUUUUCUAAAACCACCCCACCUGGAGCAGCCUCUUUCUACCCUCCUCCUCUCUGAAUCAACAAUGGCCUUUGGCCGCAUGCUUGUGAACGACGGUGAAGGGAAUUACAGAGGGCCUCUAAUGCUCUCUCCAAAAGAAGGGUCUCUUUUAGUGAUGAGGGGAAAUAGCUCGGAUACAGCAAGACACGUCAUGUGCUCCUCUCCAAACAAGAGGGUGAGCAUCACUUUCUUCAGAGUCCGAGCGGAGAUAGAAAGCCAUGCAUCAUCGGAGAUGACCACUUCAUCCAAAGCACUGACUGUAUGGCAACCUGGUGUCCCUAUGGCGAAUAACUAUGGGCCGGUGAAUAUGAUGCCCAGAUGGGGUCUUGUCCGUUCUCCCGUUGUAAUGUUAGCAGCCGCCCCCAUGCGCCCAGUGAUUGUGAAUCCCAGAAAGAUCCAACGUGGCGGUACUGGGGUAUUCUUGCCAUGGAAUGUUGGUUCGCGGAAGCAUGCAAAACAUCUCCCACCGCGUGCCCAGAGAGGCCGGUUUCUGGCUCUACCUCCCCCAACCGAUGCUAAAAAAAAUGAGAAGUGAGACAAGUCUUAAAAGAUGUUUGUUGUAAGUUAUGUAUUGCAUUUUCUAGAGUAAUUUGGUGAGAAACGAGGCUGCUUUCUCUUUUUAUUUCUUUCUUUCUUGUAGACAGCUCUAGGGUGUUAAUGUUGGUAUCAUAUAUAUCCAUGGUCAAGGCUACAGGCUCCAGAAAGAGUUGAACCUGAAGCCAAGAGGAUGUUGUUGAUAGGGUUAUAUAUUGUAUCGAAUUUCUUUCUUUUGGGGGAUUAUGAUAUAUUGAGGAAGCAGGUAUUUCUUUUUUUGUC